AAGUUUUGCACACUUUGAAAGCUUGUCAUUCCCUAAAAAGGCUGGCAGAUAAACGAUGUGUGUGUGUUUUUCUAAAAACAUACACUUCCGCAGCCGUGUAUUGUGUUUCUGUGGAUUUAUGUCGAGAACCAGUAGUUUUUCUCCCCUCUUUCUUUCCACCCUCAUUUGUCCCUGAAAUACUAUGUGUCUUGAUCUCACAUCUAAGGGGCCAGUUUAGCACUGAGACACUUACAAACCACACCUGACGGGGACAGCUCCUGAGAUUUUCCUGGAAUUAUCUAGCCAAAACGAUAUUGGCUGCCCAGAUUCACUGCUGUGGAAGUCGGAAUGGGACUGUGUGUGAAUGGUGCUGUGCCUGGUGAGGCAACAAAGAAAGAUGAAAAUCCAAAAAGAGGAAACUGGGGAAACCAAAUUGAAUUUGUAUUGACCAGCGUGGGAUAUGCUGUAGGCCUGGGCAAUGUCUGGAGGUUCCCUUAUCUUUGCUACAGGAAUGGAGGAGGAGCAUUCAUGUUCCCUUACUUUAUCAUGCUUGUGUUCUGUGGGAUUCCACUUUUCUUUAUGGAACUCUCAUUUGGGCAGUUUGCCAGUCAGGGAUGCCUUGGGGUGUGGCGAGUCAGCCCCAUUUUUAAAGGUGUAGGUUAUGGAAUGAUGGUUGUCUCAACGUAUAUUGGUAUUUAUUACAAUGUGGUCAUUUGUAUCGCAUUUUACUACUUCUUCGCAUCUAUGAACCGCAUACUUCCCUGGACCUACUGCAAUAACCUAUGGAACACAGAAAACUGUGCAGGUGUUCUGAGUCCCAACUCAAGUGCUACCUUUAACAUCAGCUCCCAGCAUAGCCUACUCAACCUCACAAUGGGAUUAAACCAGACACUAAAGAGGACAAGUCCCAGUGAAGAAUAUUGGAGGCGACAUGUCUUGAAUAUUUCAGGAGAUAUUGGUGAUUUUGGUGAAGUACGGUUACCACUCCUUGGAUGCCUUGGUGUAUCAUGGUUGGUUGUCUUCCUGUGCUUAAUUAGAGGUGUAAAGUCCUCUGGCAAGGUAGUUUAUUUCACGGCCACAUUCCCAUAUGUUGUUCUUACCAUACUCUUCAUUCGUGGUAUCACUCUGGAUGGAGCUAUUAAUGGAAUUCUAUAUUAUCUCACUCCUCAAUGGGACAAGAUUCUGCAUGCCAAGGUUUGGGGUGAUGCAGCAUCCCAGAUCUUCUACUCAUUAGGGUGUGCAUGGGGUGGUCUUAUUACUAUGGCUUCUUAUAACAAGUUUCACAACAACUGUUACAGGGACAGCAUUAUUAUAAGCAUUACCAACUGUGCAACUAGUGUAUAUGCUGGCUUUGUCAUCUUCUCCAUCUUGGGGUUCAUGGCAACUCACCUGGGAGUGGAUGUUUCAGAAGUAGCUGACCAUGGUCCUGGGUUAGCAUUUGUUGCAUACCCAGAGGCAUUAACCCUACUCCCAAUAUCACCUCUGUGGUCCAUCCUGUUUUUCUUCAUGCUUAUUUUGCUUGGGCUUGGUACUCAGUUUUGUCUGCUUGAGACACUGGUUACAGCCAUUGUGGAUGAAAUUGGCAGUGACUGGAUAAUUCGCUGGAAAACCUUGGUAACACUUGGUGUAGCCAUCAUUGGGUUCCUUCUUGGUAUCCCUCUCACUACACAGGCUGGCAUAUACUGGCUUCUGCUUAUGGAUAAUUAUGCUGCUAGUUUCUCCCUGGUCAUCAUAUCAUGUAUUAUGUGCAUAGCAGUAAUGUACAUUUAUGGUCACAGAAAUUACUUUAAGGACAUUGAGAUGAUGUUGGGUUUUCCUCCUCCCUUGUUCUUUCAGUUCUGCUGGAGGUUCUUCUCUCCGGCAAUUAUAUUUUUCAUCCUAAUCUUCACUGUAAUCCAAUACCGUCCAAUAAAGUACAACGAUUAUGUCUACCCAGACUGGGCUCUUACUAUUGGCUUCCUGAUGGCCUUAUCCUCCGUUAUAUGUAUCCCACUUUAUGCUGUUUUUAGGGUCUGGCGCUCAGAGGGGCAUACAUUCCUUCAGCGACUAAAGAAUGCAGUAAAGCCUAGCAAGGAUUGGGGUCCUGCUCUACUAGAGCACCGGACAGGCCGAUAUGCUCAGAUCUCCAGUUCAAGGUGUGAUAGUAAUCCAGAAGCCCAACCACUGAAUCCAGAAAAGCUGAAGGAUGAUCUUGGCCUAACAAUACAUGGCAGCAAUGGGCAGGCCCACACCCAGGACUCAAAAGUGUAAUGAACUCCAGCAGGCAAAAGGUCAAUGGUGAGAGCACUGGCAGUGGUAUGGAUGAGAAUCUCUACCCCUUACCCACUCACCCACCUCAUACUCAUCCAGACCUCAUACCCACUGUUGUAUCUCAUUUGCACCCCGUCAUCCCACAGAAUUCAACAGUAUACUACAUGAACCAUAACAACCUCUUGUUCACAUGGAGAAAAAAAACUACAACCCUUCAGCUGCUGAGCUGAGGAAUCCCACUGUGGGAUCAUCUUGUUCCUUCUCCCUCUGCAUCAAAUGGACACAGUUUAUUGUGUGGAAUUUCGUCUAAAUAUCUCCUAAGAUAGGGCAACAGGGAGAAUGGAGAAAUGGAGUCAUCUCAAAACACAAUAAUUUUAACUCACUUUUGUAAGUUUAGUUUACAUGGAUAUUACUUUUUAGAUUUUUAGUUUGUUUUUUAAAACCUCUUUUUGUUUUUCUGUUGUACCGUUGUUGAGGGCAGGUUGUGACAGCCACAACCUCCUCUAUCUUCCUUUGCCAGUCAUGGACUGAAUGCUGAGGCAAGACAAUGUUUCAGCAGUACCUGAAGAGUUAGAACAUUUUACUGUGCCAAGGAAAGAAGCAAAAAUGCAAGCAUCAAAUGUCCUGUUACUUGAGCAGUACAGCAGAAUGCAAAGGGGCUUCCCUGAGAAAUUAAGGUAUUUGUCCACUUGCCUACUUGCUGUAUCUAAACACAUCCACCUACUGGAUGAGUGAUUUAUGGAAUACUAAUGCCCUGCUGCCUGGAAAAAUCCUAAAGCUGUGUGUCUUUGGAAUUUUGCUUUUAUCACAGAAGGAAUAGCAUUUCAGAAUAAGCUUUGUUCAACCCUUACUGCUUAUUUUACCCAUAACUGUAGGUAGAUAAAAACAAAACACCUCACGUGGAUCAAUUUCUCUUUGCACAUCUCCCCACAAGCUGUUUUCUUUAUCUGUUCUUUCAUAAUUCCUUUUUAACACCACUGCAUUUCAUUUUCUCAUAAAACCUUUUCUUCAGAUUCAGUGUAGGUUAAUAUCUCCAGUUUAUCAGCUGAUACAAUAACCUUGAGGUACCAUGGGUUUGCACAUAUAUUCAGAUCCAUACUGUAUAGCUAUAUAAACAUCUAUAAAGCUGCCCAUUUAUGCCUUGUUGAGUAUAAUAUUUUGCCGCCCACUUAAAUUCACAACCGCUCUCACAGGCUUUUUUGAAAGGAAGGUUCCAUGGACACACAUAUAGGAGUCAAUUUCUAGCCCAAACAUGAGGAGGUAAUGUUAAAAAAAACCUGAUGAUCUGCGAAGUCUUCUCAGGUAAAAGAUGGUUUUCCAUCUUAAAUUUAGAGGGUCUUCAUAGGAAACUGUAGCAAAUCUCUAGCAGGUAUAUGUUUAAUUGUUUUUGCACACACAGUGCCUGUUUUUUUGAUCCAGUUAACAAAGGUUAUGUUCUGGGUGUGCUGAACCAAUUCAAUAUUGUUUAUUAAUGCAACCAAACAUCAGUUUUGUGACUGUACCCACGGACCCUGGAGGUCAGAUUAAUGUUGAACAGGUUAUGGGGACUUUUUUUUAACUUGUUUUUUUUGUUUGCCCCCCUUGAAUGGAAUGUUACCUGUGCUAUGAAUUAUACCAGGCGAACCAAACAUAACAUGCUUAAGUCAUCCCUUUAAUGCACAAAGCUUUUCAAAAUGCAAAGUGCUAAUGAUCACAUUUUUUUUCUGUACAACCCUACCGAUGUGUUAUCCAACAAGCCUUCCACUUAGUUUCCCUAGACUUUUCCCUGCUUCACACUAACGUGGAAUCAGUUGAGACAAUGAAUUGCAAUCUAAGCGUCCUGGAUUUAAGAUCUGGUUGGUUAGCAGUUUUCUUUUCCAUAGGCAUGGUGCAUGAGGUCACCUUAACCAGACUGCUUUCAGUUGUGUUAAACCCAUUUUUAUUUAUAAUUUUGGUAUAUAGGUCUUCAUUGGUUUAGUGUAAAAAGUUUUAGGGACACAUUAACAGACUUAACACAUCCGCUGAGCUUAUAUCAUAUCUGUUUUCUGUAUGUCAUGUCUGCUGUAUUAUAUGCUACUAAACCAUACAAUUAUGGCAACAAAUAAGAGCAGGAGUUUUCAGUAUUUAUACAGUAUUCGCUUCCAUAUGUAUAAGUGCAGCAGCCUCUACAAACUCACAGAAGUAAAACUUUUCCCUGUUUUUGCUAAACAGAAUUGUGGGUAUAAGGCAAUAGGUUAUUUUGUGGACAGAACAGAGACAGAACAGAAUAUCUUCUCUAGAUUUACGAUAGUCACACUCCUACAGUUUGUUGGAUUAACUUUAAAUAUGGUAUUUUUUCCAUUUUAUUCAGCCUAUAAAAAAUGUUAUAGAUCAUUCAUACCAGUAGGCUGUUCUAUAAGGGCACAGCGAUCUGAUUUAUGGCAGAUGUUUGUUGUAACAGAAGUUGUAUUCUCUGUCACUGGAAGGUUAUUUCACCAUUGAGUGAGAUAUACCUGCUGUAUUUUACCUUUUCCACGGGAAUAUCACAGUGUAAAUAGUCAAUUUAAGACACUGUCAGCUUUUACCCUCCAGCUGCUGAAAUACUACAAAUCUCAUAAUGCUCAUUGGUCUUGUAAAUAUACAGCAUUUGGCAA